GGCAACUCUCUUCAAAUACACGCCCCCACCCCACACACACAGAGAUGGAGGCUGUGGACGCGGCCAGGGCCCUCCUCGGCCUGGAAGUCGGUCUGCUUCUGUGCUGUGUCGGUGACGCGGGCGGCUGCACCGUGUCCGUCUCGCAGCCGCCUGUCCUCGAAGUGGACUACGAGCAAGGGGCGGUGACCGUGCCCUGCUCCUUCUCCACGGCGGGCUGCCCCCCCGAGCUCCCCAGCAGCCUGUGGUUCCGCUACGGGGCUCACUGGACGGAGACCCUCUGCGUGGACGGGUGCACAAGUGAGGCCGACAAGUUUACAGUGAGGAAGGCCCUGGCACAGAACCAGGUCUCCCUCACAGUCAACCGGCUGACGCCCAAUGACAGUGCCAUCUACAUCUGUGGACUCGCCUCGCCCAGCUCAGAGGACCCAAGGGCCAAGCAGGUCGGAGCGGGGACCGUGCUGGUGGUGAGAGGAGCGCGAGGCCCAGGCGAGGCCCUGCGGGGGCUCCUGGCGGCCCUGCUGGCCCUGCUCUCCGUCUACGUGGUCGUGGUGCUCGGGAUCUUCGUCAUCCUCGCCAGGUCAAAAUUUAACACUCUAAGAAACAAAGAAAAAGAAGAUUCACAAAAGAAAAAGAGUGCCAGGCGUAUUUUUCGGGAAAUUGCUCAAGAACUUUACAGUAAGAGACAUGUGGGAACAAGUCACCAACCUGAGAAAGACAACACUUAUGAAAACAGGACAGCACUGGACAACUAUGAAAGACCAUAGAAACUAUUUAAUCUUCAAGUAAGUCACUGAAAAUUCAGAAGUUAUGGUAGUUUUAAUGGACAUAUACCCAUCAGGGCUUUAAAAACAUAAACAAAGAUGAAUGGAAAAGACAACUGGGCACAAGUAAGGAUGCCGGAGUACAAGAAACUACAACUGCAAUAACUACCAAACACUCAAAUUCAAUGAAACUGCACAUACUUCCCUAACUCGCUAGAAGAUUCUACACUCAUGUGGUCAAGAUCAACACCCUGGUCAGGCCUGAUGGAGAGAAGGCAUAUGUUCAACUGGCUCCUGACUAUGAUGUUUUGGAUGUUGCCAACAAAAUUGGGAUCAUCUAAACUGAGUCCAGCUGCCUAAUUCUAAGUCUAAAAAUUUUACACUGUAUAAAUAAAUAAAUAAAUA